CCCUCAGCAUGAAUCUUCCAUCAGCAUUAGAAAACUGAACAAAACCUGAAGAUUUAGUUUUCUAACAAACUUGACCGAAUGAAACCCAGUAGCGCACCGGCUCAUGUGAAAUGGAAUUGGUGCAUUUGUAAUUGUAUGUAGGACUGUCCAUUUUCUGAGUAAUCUGAACAUGAUCCGCAGUUGUCUCUUACCUGUGCUGCAAUGUAUCAUUUGGCCUCGCGCCAAGAAAAAAAAACGUCCGAGAACCAUGGCUGAUCCGAUGAGAUUUGGAGGAGAACCUGAUGCCCAACCCCAGCCUCUAUGUCCGUGGGCAUCAGCAGCAAAGCACCUGAUUCUUGAUUCCACCUUGUGAGUGGUGAGCCCAAUAUAUCUUAAGGAUCGAUGGCUGGUUAUACAUGUAAACAUACCGACACCCUCAAAGAACUCAUCAGUCAUCGCCCUCGAAGAACUCUCCGGUGGUCACUGGAGUGGGAGAUGACUGACGGCCGGCGGCCGGAUGGGAGCUACGGGCCGGAGUACGGCCCUGUGCCUCAUGAGCUUGAGUACGCCUUGUACCAUCAGUUGCCGUCCAGGAGCAGGAGGAGGUCCCCCUGGCCUCUGCAUCAUGGGGAUUACCCUUGGAGGCUUUCAGAGCAGAGGUUCGGAAGACGACCUUUCGAGCGUUCCAGUUCCAGCGUCUGGCCAACUGAUGUUGUGCUCAGGCACCCUUUGCAGCCAUACACACCAUUCCAAAUCCACCAUGUCCAUGACAGCAGUGGCAGUGGCGCAACCCUAAACCCGAGACGGAGUCAAGAAGACACUGGACUAACUGAUGAGGAGUUCAGGAAGGCCAUGGAUCAGCUCAGGAAGCAGGAAUACAGGCCACCGGAUCCGCAGAAGAAGCAAGGCGACAGCGGCGGCGGCAGAGGCAUCCUCCGCACCAGGAGUGCAGCACCACCGGCAACCACCGAAGAGAAGGCCUGCACCGUAUGCCUGGAGACAUUCCUGCCCGGAGAGCAGGUGGCGAUCACGCCCUGCAACCACAUGUUUCAUCAGGGGUGCAUCGCCCCCUGGGUCAAGGGGCAUGGCAACUGCCCGGUGUGCCGGUUUGUGCUCUGCGAGAGGAGGAACCCUGCCACCGCCGAUGCCGCCAAUGAAGACGGAGGGAUGGAUCUGGAGCUGCUGGCAAUGGUGAGGACAAUGGAGGAGGCAUUCAGCCGGUUCAGGCUCUUCUCAGACUCCACGCCACACUACCACUAGACGAAUAACAAUAGCACAACAAAGCCGGUUCAGGUCCUGAAUCUCUUCAGCCUGAAACUUGCUAGCAGUGCCACGUUGUAGUAGGAUUCACAAAACUCCAGUAUCAUCAGAUAUGUUGCAAUAAUGUAAGACUAGAUUGUGAUUUGCUCCUUAUAAUGCAUUUCAUAUGCAAUGUCA